AUGGACCUUCUUCAUGCACAAAUAGAUAAUGGAUCUGGCAAGCAACCUCUUACACUAGUUUUUGUCGAGACAAAAAAGGAGCCGAUUCACUUAUGUGGCAAUUCGUUUCAUGCUACUACAAUUCAUGGAGACAUAACACAAUCGGUAAAAAAAAAAAUUAGAGUUAAGGGUAACGUGUCACUUUUAUCCCACUUUUUACCUCACAUCAACAAAAGCUUGAUGACACUUGGAACUGAUAUUAAAAAGCUUAGUGAAGGUGCUGAGAGUCAAGGGGUCAUGUUCGCUAUCGAGACAGCAAACUCACACGUAUUUUGCAACCUGCACUUGGUGGGAAUGCAAAUACAUCCAUCAUCUGUAACAUUACCUUGGCACAGAUUCACGCUGAUGAGACUAAAAGCAGCACUGUCAUUGAUUCCAAUGUCAAAACAGUAA